AUGACUGUGUACACAGCAAUACAGCUUUUACUAAGAUCACUGAAGUCUUUGAGUGCUCUUGUCCAAGAGUUAUAUGAUAGUGCUCUUAUCCAAGAGGCGGAGUUAGUAGCGGUCGAAGGCAAAGAGAUAGAGACCCACUACGUGUUAGCACGGGAGAGAAUACGCCGAUGGAACUCCACUUCCAAGUGCUAUCUGCUCGUGGAAAACUUGCCAACACCUCUGCAGGCUGGCGGCAUAGCAAGUGCAAGCGUGUGGUCUUCCUGCGGCUGCCGACAGCGACUCCUCGCUGCGGUCACCAGUGGCGGGCGAGCGGUCCACUGGGCAGCCGUGCCCGCCCCGCCGGCGAAUGAUUCCGAUCUCUGCCGGUUUAAUUAUACGUUCCCAGUAACAGCAGACAUGGCGCCAAUCAGCUCACUCCUCGUCUACUAUGUGACAGAGAACGGUGAGCCAGUCAGUGACGUGGCUAGCUUCCACGUGCGACUGCUGCAUAAAGAGGUGGCUGUAGCAAUAGAAGAACGUCGUUGGUGGUACCCCAGAGCGGCGCUGCAGCUUCGAGUCCUCGCUCCACCUGACUCGACCAUGUGUUUGAUUGGGGCACGAGCUCCUCCCGAUGCCAGAUUUGACCCUCAUCAGACGACACCAGAACACGAAGAAGCUCCCGGUCCCGAGUUCGUAUCAGCUGGCGUGUCUCUCUUCGUCGGCGGCGGCGCGUGCGGCGGCGGCGUGAUGUACCGACAACGUACCGCGCCAACUCCUCACGCUCCUGCGCACCUGGUACCUCCGGCGACGCAUGACCGACUGUGGAUGUGGAAGUGCUUUAAUUAUACAAACCAGCUGUCAACUGACGGAGUGACCAUAUCAGCGCCCUCCGAAGCCGGUCGCUGGUCACUCUGGGCGCUGUCUCUCUCCAACCACGGUCUUCGCUUCUCAGCACCACGUACCAUCAAUGUGUUCCGACCGAUACAACUGGACUUCUCACUGCCACCGGCCUUGAAAGUGGGGGAAACAGUCGAAGUAGAUGUCAAGAUUACGAAUAAUAUCAAUAAUUGUAUGGAUGUAACAGCACUCCUAGCUCUAAGCGCGGGCGCAGCAUUCGCAAGCACAGGAGCUCUAUACGUCACAGAGAGAUUGCGACUUGGACCUCGUGGUGGUACACAGCUGGUAGUCCGAGUAGCGGUCAAUACGCCGGGCAGGAAGAAUAUUACUGUGGAAGUAACAGGCUACAGCGCCGACAACUGCUCAGUAUCCUAUACGUCGUUCAACAACGAGACAUUAGUUGGGUCUGUGAUCAGAUCAGCAAGCGUGCUGGUUCUGCCCGAAGGUCUGCAUAGGACUGAUACGCAGAGCGCUUACUUCUGUGCUAAUGAACACCUAGCAGUAUCAUCCCGAGGCUCUUGGGAAUGGCAAUGGGUAGCAGCUCCAAGGAACCGAGCAGGCUUGGUGCUGGAACUGAGAGCUCAGGGGGCUGCUCAUGUAGCACUGUCGGCUAUUCGAGAACCUUCUGAUGAUAUGUAUCGUGUUGUGUUUGAGAGGACUAGAGUUUGGAUUGCUAAGGGAAAACAUGGCUACGAUGUCCACCUAGCAAGUGCAGAACAAACAGAAAGCGAUGAAGACUGUUCGGGCGCCGACUCUUGGUGUGCCUGGUGGGUGUGGUGGGUGGGGGGGCGCCUGUCCGUCGGCAGGGGCGCCGCGCCUUCCGAGAGACGACUCCUAGUGUGGCCACUCGCUCCUGAUAUGAGGAUCAAGUUUGUUGGCUUCAGCGCUCUGUGGGGUGAUAAGGCUGAUUUUAGAAUCUGGAACUUCAACGAAGAAGCAGGCUUCUCUCAAGUCUUGGAACUCGGUCUACCUCACGGCGUGGUCCCAGGAUCUGCAAGCGGUACCCUUCUUGUAUCUGGAGGCCUACAUCUUCCUCUCUACAGUCUUCAAACAGACUCUACUGACCAAUGGGCAGAAGUAUGGAGGGAUUCCCAACUGUCUGCAGCAUCAGCUAGUUUGGCACCGCUGUUGGCGUUAGAACAUAUCCCUCAUUUAGUUGAUGAUGCAGAGAGGGAAAGGAUUUUGAGGAAACUGCCUGAACAAGUUCAAGUAUUAUUGUCCUUCCGCAAGAGCGACAAUUCCUUCAGCGACCAUCCAGGAAUGAGCAGCCACUUAUCAACCAUCAAGAUACUAGAAAUUUUAACGAAAAUCCAGUCUUACUACCCCGUAGACCCUGAACUACUUCAGAACAUCAAAAAAUGGAUACAGAAGCGACAGAAUUCUGAUGGUUCUUUCACUCCUUUAGCUGCAGAUAAAGAAGUAGAUUAUUACCCAGUUGAUUUAACUAAAACUAAUGGUACGGCUAAGGAGGUUGAUGUCAAUGAGUAUUACUAUUAUGAUAAAGAUGGCAAUAUGACACAAGAAGAAAUAGAUUGGGAGAGGAGAGUUGAAGUGACUGCUGAGACUCUGGUUGCUUUGCUUGAAGUUGGUGUGGAGAACCAGCUCGAUGCAGAUGUAGCGAAGAAAUCUCAAAAUUAUUUGGAGCAUAAUCUACAUAAUUUAACUUCACCUGCUGCUUUAGCUGCAACUGUUUUGGCAUUGGUCCUUGCAAGGAGUCCAAUAGUACCUGAAGCACUGGUUAUUCUAAGAAAUGCGUCAACAACGGAAGAAGGUGAAUUCGGAUGGCCAGCACCAAGGAAGGAUGCUGCUGAUUGGCUUCUAGAAGAAACGUCCAGGAAUAUAAAGACGACAUCUUACGAAGCAGUAACAAUGGAACAAUACGUGGCCGGAGUACGAGUUCUCCUCGCAGCGUGCGCACGCGGCGCAUUAGCUGAAGGUGAAGCGGCGGCGCGGUUCCUGUACUACCGGGCUUCGACGCUGCAGCGACAUCCCAGUCUAGCUUACCAGGCUACUAAGGCUGCUGCUCAGUAUGCUGCGUUGGCUCAUGAUAGGUGA